CCCACAGAGUAGCACGCGUAAACAGCUGAAUGUCGUUUCGUGUGCGUUGAAUAUCAAUUAAAAAUCAAACAUUUUUGUUUCGUGAAGACUUCGCAACGGGCCAACGCAAAAAAUUAAACCGAAGCCGAGGCAGCAACCAAAGUGUAGCUGUAAACAGUGCAGUGUGAAAUCAAGAAAGAAGAGAAGAUAAAACGCAAAUGCAAUGUGCUAAUGAAAAAAAAGAGACUAGGAAAUAUAUGCAUGAAAAUAGUUAAAUAAAAUAUGCAAAUCUAUUGAGCAUAAAGCGAAAAAUUAAUUACCGAGAGACAGCUUAACUUUAACACCCGCCCCUGUGCACCGGACAACUAGAACUAAAACCAAAUGACUAUGACUUCAACCGUGCUGCAGCGUCCAACAGCAACAACAAAAACAGUGGAAAAACAAGCUACAAAAACGACGGCAAGGAGAAGUCGUUCCACCAUGGCCUGGUCCCACGAGAAAUUGCGUUUCUCGUGCAUCGACAACAUUGGCCUGAAGCAGCUAUGGAAAUUGAUUGCAUUGGAUACGGCAACGCCGCCAUCUUCACCACCCAGCAGCAACAACAAGUCUGGCAAUGUAGAGCAGCAGCCGAAAUCCAGCAGCAGCAGCUGCAACAACAACAACAACAACGACAACAACAGUAAUGCUGAGUACCUCAACACCAUACCCUACGAGAACUGCGACAACUUGGCCGACUAUUUGAGCCUGCAAAGAGCCGCCCGGGCUCGCAUCCUGGAGUCGUCGAUGCCCACGACACAACAGCACAUGUCGCUGCUCAAGUUCUUGGCCAUUAACGCUUUGGAACUGAGCGCACCUGCCACACCCUUGCUGCUGCAACAGCAACAACAACAGACGCAGUCCAAGCCACACGGCUGGAUGCAGCUCUCCGGGCAUCCCGAAAGCAUUGUGCCCACCACAACGGGCAUUGUGCGCAAACGCAUCGUUGGCAUCGAUGACAGCGAGGUGCUUGCCUAUCAGAUGAUCUCGCAGGAGCCCAAAACCUCACAAAUUGUGCCCGGCUACUUUGGAUUGCGCGAGCUGCACUCACAGCACUAUAUCGAGCUGCAGGAUCUGCUGGCGGGAUUCAAGGAUCCGUGUGUGAUGGACAUUAAGCUUGGCACUCGCACCUUUCUCGAAUCGGAGGUCAGCAACAAAACGCUGCGUCCGGAUCUGUAUCAGAAAAUGAUUGCCGUGGAUGCCAGUGCACCGACGCCCGCCGAGCACGAAGCACAGGCCAUCACAAAGCUGCGUUACAUGCUCUUCCGCGAAUCGUUAUCCUCGUCGCAGAGCAAGGGGUUCCGUAUUGAGGCGCUGCGUCUGCGCGGACGUUCACCGCUCAAGGAUCUCAAAACCUGUCGUAGCAGCGAGCAAAUCUCACAGACCAUCGAACAGUUUCUGGCCGCACGCAGGUCCGUGCAAAAGGAGCUGCUGAAACGGCUCAAGCACAUGCGCCUCGUCAUCGAGCAGUCGGCAUUCUUCAGUCGCCACGAGAUCAUCGGCUCCAGUUUAUUUAUUGUCUACGAUGAUCAGCGCGUUGGCGCCUGGCUGAUAGACUUUGCCAAAUCGCGACAGCUGCCCCCACAGCUGAGCGUCAAUCAUCGCAGUCCCUGGCAACCUGGCAAUCGCGAGGAGGGUCUGCUGCGUGGCAUGGACGAGCUGAUACAUGCCUUCGAGGAGGUCUAUGCGCGCAGCGGUAAUCAUCGCAGCUGUCUGAAGAUCUGAGCUCCAUACAAGGAUCCACAAUUGCCCACAGCCACGCCCACCUACAGGCACAUAAGACUGAUUUGCACCACGUCCCAUUUAUAAUUUGUACAGUGAGCAGAAGUAGAAAAUCAUUGCAUCAAACCCUGCAUCAUGCGACGCUUUUGACUAUUUUCCACAUUGGAAGCAAACACUAAGCGCCAGACCAGGACUUGUAGAGAAUAUAUAUGUGUAUAUAUAUAUAUACAUAUAUACACCUAUACUAUAUGUAUAAAAACAAACGAUUAGUAUUGAGCACCAAGCAGCAUUUGUUUGAUUGAAAACAGGUUUAACUUGAUUAAGUAUUAAGUAUAAGAAAGCGUAAAACAAAAUGUACCCUCUGUGAAUUUGUACGCAAGUAAUAAAAAUCUCAAAAGAAAAUAAGAUGAAAA